UUGGCUGCAAGUGAGCGAGCAGUUAUUGAGUGCGUACGGCAUGAAUGGACGAGUUCUCAAGUGAGCACCAGAAAAAGCAGCCCGGCCAGGAUGCAGGCGGCCAAGUAGGCCCACCGAGGGCCGUCUGAGUGCCCGCCCCGGCCCAUGCCCGAGAGAAUGGCCGACCCGCGGGCGCCCGUGGGCCUAGAUUUGCCCGACCUGUCGCACCUCACAGAAGAGGAGCGCAGGAUCAUCGAGAACGUCAUGCUGCGCCAGCGGCAGGAGGAGGAGAAGGAGAAUGAGAUCAUGAGGAGAAAGCAGGACGAAGUGCAGGUGCUGGAAGCGUCCAUCCGGCAGCGCAACGAGCAGCACAAGAAAGCGGGGGCGGAGAUGGACGCCACCUGCAACCUUUGCCUCAAGACCAAGUUCGCCGACGGGGUGGGACACGUGUGCCAGUACUGCCACAUCAGGUGCUGCGCCAGAUGUGGUGGAAAAGUCACCCUUCGCUCAAAUAAGGCCAUCUGGGUGUGCAUUUUGUGUCGGAAAAAACAAGAGCUGCUGUCAAAAACAGGCCAAUGGAUCCAAACAGGGACGCACCUCGAUCCGGUGAUGCGGCGCAUCGAGGCUGACCUGUUGGGCAUAGACCCCGCCACAUUGUCAGACAAGCGGCCAAAACUAGAGCGGGGUCUGUCAGCGACGGCAGCCGAAGGCCCGCCUCCGAGCCGCCUCCAACGGAGCGGCUCUGCCCUCCGGAGGCAGUACUCGCAGGAGGCGGCCGACGUACUUGUGAUGCGGGGGCCGUCGUCCCAACAGGCCCAGGGCCGCCGCUACUCCGCCGGCAGCGACGCCAUGCUGUACGAGCGGCAACGCCUGAUGCCACCCACCCCCGGGGGCGGCCGAAAGCCGCCCCCGGAGGCGGUCAAGAAGCGCAGCAAGAAGACGGCGCGCCAACAUUCCCUCAGCAGUUCGGAGGACGAGCUGCGAUCCACCCCCGAGGUUCCAGACGACACCGGCCUGCUCGACGGCAGCAGAGCGCACCAAGCGGCGGCGAACGUCGGCGCGUCGACGGCCCACCUUAACCACCUCGGCAUGGGCGGCCAGGCGGCCGACUCGCGGCACUUCACCGAGCGAAGAAAAAAGACUGUGCGCUGGGUGGGCGAGGGGGGCGAGCAGGCGUUCCAGAGGGCGCGCUGGAUCGACCGGCAGGGCUCUCAGGACUCGCAGACCAAGGACUCGGGCAUUGACACCAGCAGCACCUUCACCUCCAGCGAAGACUCGUCGCGCGGCGCCGACCUGCCCGGCCGGCGGGGCGAGCAGCAGCAGCACCCUGUGUCGUGGCAGACGAGCGCCGACGGAACGCGGCUCAUCGGCCACAUGAUCCUGAAGAAAGAGGUGCGAGACUCGAGUCUGGGUCUGAAGGUGGUCGGGGGCCAGCCGCUGCCCCACGGCGGCCGCGGCGCAGUCAUCGAGAAGGUCAAGCGCGGUAGCAUAGCAGAGCGCGAGGGCGGCUUGCGCGCGGGUGACGAGGUGAUCGAGUGGAACGGCAGGUCUCUGCAGGGCAAGGGCUACGAGCAGGUCUACGAGAUCGUCGCCGAGUCUCGGCAGGAGGCGCAGGUGGAGUUGAUCGUGGCGAGGCAGUCAGCGAGGGCGCCGCCGCACCACCACUCGGCCACCGAACUGUGGCGUCAAGACAUGUACGACCGGAAGCCGAGCGUAAUGGUGACGUCGCCGAGCUCUCCUGAGCGCGUCGGUCACCGGCCGGGUCCGCCGCACCGGCCGCUGCGCUCGACGCAACCUAACGUGGGCGGCCGGCUACAGGUUAAGCUGUGGUUCGACGCGGCCGCCCUCCAGCUCACAGUGACUGUAGCCGGCGCUUCAGGACUUACCCCCAGGCCAAAUGGCCAGCCCAGGAACCCUUAUGCCAAGCUCUUUCUACUGCCAGACAGAAGUGAAAAGUCGAAGCGUCGGACACGGACGAUAGCCAACACGACGGAGCCGCGGUGGAACCAGUCGUUUGUUUACUCGAGCAUCCGCAGAGCCGACCUGAAACUGCGAAUUCUCGAAAUCACCGUUUGGGACUACGUCCAUUACGGUGCCAAUGAUUUCCUCGGAGAGGUGGUGGUCGAGCUCACUGCGGCCCCCCUCAACGAUGAACCCGAGUGGUACUACCUGUCGGCCCACGAGGACAUCCUGCCUUCACACCCGCAGCAGCAAAGGAGGCUGCUGGUGGACUCGCUGGACCACUUAUCGCCGCCGUCCACGACGUCGCGCCUCUCAGAUAGCGACACGUCCGACCUGGAUGAUGUGAUCCUGGGUCGCGUCCGAAUGGAUGGCGCCUCAGUCUCCAGUGUCGGCAGCUCCUCCAGUCCUCCGCCCGAGAUAGAGAUGAACGAGCGACGCUCGCGCAGGGACAUGUCACCGCAGGGGCGGAAACGCGCCGGCAUGAUGGUGCGCGGGGGCGUCUCUUACCAGGAGCCAGUGCUCCCGAUGGACGCUCGCUACCCUCCAGCGAUGCACGCGUCCAGCAGCAGACAGCGCUCGCAUUCGGCGGCGCCCACCGACUCGCCAAGUCUGCACUCGAGGUCGCGCUCCAAGAGUCCGCGCAGGCACCAGGAGCACUCGACGCACAGCCAUCGCUCCCUCUCGCCACCUGAGGGCAGAAUGGCGACGUACCCCACUACAAGGUACACCUCCCAUUCGGCGACAGCCACGCCGACCGGCUCGCCGAAGAAGCGGCAACUGCCGCAAAUCCCUGGUCAUCGGCUUCGGACCAGUUCUCGCGACACGGCCGAACUAGAUGAGCGGCGGCGAUGGGGACCCCGAACGGCCCACUGGGCCGACGGCCGCCAAUACUCGUCGGCCGAGCUUCCGCGACACAGAGUCGAACUGCCCGACAGCGACCUUGAGAGCGUCGUCUCCGUCACCAGCAGUGCCUUUUCCACGCAGUCGGAGCGACCGCGCGGAUCCAACUUGACCAGCGACUUCAACCCCCGCGCCUCCAACUUGCACCAGAGGUCAAGCGGACACUCGAGCUCGUCACAAUCGGGCGCCAAGCGGGGAACCCUUGGACGCUCCUUCUCCAGCACCGAUGCCCCUAGCGACGACAAAGUCGAUGGAAGUUUAAGCGACACUGCGGUGGGCCAGUUGCAUGGCCUCGAGGACGGGGGCUCGAAAGCGGGCUCCCCUGGCGGCUCAACGCCCGGCAAGGCCUCGGCGCAGUUUGUGGGUCUGAACAAGAAGAGCAGUUCGACCUCGCAGCUGUCAGCGACUGGUGAGUCUGCAGGCCGCAAGCGCAGACUAGGGUUUGGGCGCAAGGGCAAGAACUCUUUCACCGUGCACCGGAGCGAGGAGGUGCUGCCUGAGGACGUGCGACAACACCUCGUCAAACAGGGUAGCAGCGUCUCCAGCGACGGCGAGGGCUCCCAGGAUGGAGACAGCUACGUGCCGUCCCUGCGCCUUGCCCCGGAGGGCCAACUGUCCGACUUCAUCGAUGGCCUCGGCCCAGGCCAACUAGUGGGCCGCCAGGUGCUAGGAGCUUCGGCCCUCGGGGAUAUCCAGCUCAGUAUGUGCUACCAAAAGGGAUUCCUUGAGGUGGAGGUGAUACGAGCGCGAGGGCUCCAGGCCAAAACAGGUUCCAAAGUGCUACCAGCUCCAUACGUUAAGGUGUACCUGGUGAACGGGAAAAGGUGCAUCGCCAAAGCAAAGACUGCCACCGCGAGACGGACCCUUGACCCUCUCUACCAACAGCAACUCGCCUUUCGGGAGCCCUUUCAGGGCUGCAUACUCCAGGUGACGGUGUGGGGCGACUACGGGCGGAUCGAGGGCAAGAAGGUGUUCAUGGGGGUGGCGCAAAUCAUGCUGGAUGACCUCAACCUGUCCAAUAUCGUGAUCGGCUGGUACAAGCUGUUCGGCACGACGUCCUUGGUCAGUGUGGUCGGCUCUUCGACCUCCUCGAGUCUGCUCAACCUGUCCCGGCGCUCAUCUUCCACUAGCCUUAACUCUCUGCAGUACUAGCGCACGCUUUCACCCCCUCUCUCUAGCGAGCAACCCCCUAAGCUUGGCAUGCCCCCGCUUCACCCCGAAAAAUCAUUCUGUUACUUUUCAUAUUUAUUUGCUGUUUUGGUGCAGUGAGAGGCCGGCCGGCAGUGAUCGAGCCAGGCAUUCACCGACCCGGACUUGAGCAGUGCACCCGAGUGACAGACAGACAAGCAGCGGACUUGUCGAGUGGGCCCCGCCCCCAGAGGCCGCCCCGUGUAAAAUCGACCACAAUGUGAUACCAUGAUUAUACAACAUAUUGUAAUACUACUGCUAUACCACACUACUACUGACGCUAAAGAAAGAAACAAAACUAUUGUACACUCACUCUCACUCACUCACCACUCUCAUCUUAGAUCAAGUUGUAUUGGUCUGCCCAUCGCGCGUUCUCAUUUUUCUAUAACCCCAGCGCUCUGUCCAGUGUAACCCAAAGCACGCAAAAAAACCGACCGUGUAUCCGACUUCCGCGAAAAGCAGGCCCCGAUGCUCGCCCUGCCGCUCCCCCCGAGAGGCUCCCAAAAUAUCUGACUCUCUGUAUUCGAACUAUUGGACCAAAACCUUUCAUCAAAAGCUAUACGUCAAAUCUCCACCCAUCGCCAAGUUGUAAAAACAAAAUACUUGAAUUCUACGAAUUCUAUAUAAUUAUAAAACUAUUGGUACCAAUUUCGCAUGAUUUCUGUAAAGCUCUUCUUAAUCCAAUUUUAAUAGCGUCAUUGCAUUCCAGCAGCAUAAUAAAUAUGUAACAGGUUUUUGGGAGUGAAAGAAAGGUCCAAUUAUUAAUCAAGAGUUGAAAUUUAACUAACAAUUCUCCUAUUAUCUCAGUCAAAUAAAAAUUAACAGAUUCUCCUGUGAACAAAAAAAUUACAAACCAAAUCGACAAGAAUGUUGUCUCUUGAAUUAUCUAUCUUCCGAGCAAGCAAGCUUUUUGUCACACACAUACAUACACAUUCACACACUCGCGUGGACGUGUGUCUCUCUUUGUAACGAAUUAAUCAUAAAAAACAUGCAGUGAUCAAUACAUUUGCAAUCGAUGCAAACCCACCAGAAGUGUGCUUAUAAUGUCAACGACGAGUGCGGCGCGGCGAGCGUCGGGCCCCAGAGCUGGUGAUUUAAAAAAAAGAAAACAAUUAAGUUUUGUGCGUCCGCAAGGAUCGCCUGUGAGAUUGUGUUGAGCAGCGAGUACGAUGAUUAUCUGUGAUCAGUCCGAGGGUUUUGGUUCAGCGCAGCAGCAACGACGACGGCGAAGGCCCCGUUUUAACCUCUACUCUGUCUCUUCUCUCUCUUCUCUACUCUCUCUAUCUCUCAUAAUACGGUAGAUGACCUCGGCCGUGGCCGCGCCGGCCACACGCCAACACCUACUACAGUGUACUACCAGUGCAGACUGGCUCAGUAGAACUGUCUCAGUAAAUCGUAGUGCCCAUCAUUACAAUUAGUCGACGAGUCGCGCGGCUCUCAACGCAGUAUCAUAAGACUAUGUAACCGACCUCUCCUACAACGCGAUUAUCCAGUAAACAGAGAAAUCCAAGGGGGCUUUGAAUCACUGCAUAUCGCAACUAAUAAACUCAAAUAAAAUCAACAAACGAUUAUGAACA